AUGCGGGCAGAUGUGGCCAGAUGCCUGUGGGUCCCCAUUGCCCAGCUCCUGCCCACAUUCCUGCUUGCUUCAACCAGAGCCAUCAUGCCUUGCUGCCACCAUCACUGUCACAAGAGUCAGCAUCGCAGGGUUCAGGAAGGCUUUCAGACCCAAAGAGAGGCACAGGGCCUGGUGGGGGCACAGGCUCCAGGGGCUAAGGAGGAGGGGGCGUCUGCCUCCUCUUCUACUGUGACCCCGGGCACCCUGGAGGAGGUGCCAGCUGCUGUGACACCGAGUCCUCCCGGAAGUCCUCAGGGAGCCUCCUCCUCCCCCACUGGCCUGGCUUCCAAUCCAGCAUGCCACUCCAAUGAAGGCUUCAGCAACCAAGAAGAGGAGGGGCCAAGCACCUCCAAGGACCCGGCAGACCGG